UGUGAUGUUUGUUUUUGUUUUCUGUAGACUCGAGAUGAUUUUCUUGGACAAGUGGAUAUUCCUCUUUAUCAGUUACCGACAGAAAAUCCAAGUAUGGAGAGACCGUAUACAUUUAAGGAUUUUGUUCUUCAUCCAAGAAGCCAUAAAUCAAGAGUUAAAGGCCACCUUAGAUUAAAAAUGACUUAUUUACCUAAAAACAAUGGGUCUGAAGAAGAAACCACAGAACAGGCUGAAGAAGUAGAGCCUGGGUGGAUUAUAUUGGACCAACCAGAGGCUGCUAGCCAGCCACAACAGCAGCAGCAGGAAUCUCCUCCUCUGCCUUCAGGCUGGGAAGAAAGACAAGACAUCCUUGGCAGGACCUACUAUGUCAAUCAUGAAUUCAGAAGAACACAGUGGAAAAGACCAACUGCACAGGACAGUGUGGCUGCUGCAGAUCUUGGCAAUGUGCAGCUGGAGGCCCAGCACGUGUUCACUCACCGGCGACAGAUAUCAGAGGAUACAGAAAACACAGACAACAGGGAUUCCCCCGAGAGCUGGGAAAUUAUAACUGAAGAUGAAGCAACAAUGUACAGCAGUCAGCAUGUUCAAAUACCUCUCUCACAGAGUAGCUGUGACAUACAGACUCAUCUUGCAGAAGAAUUGAGUAACAGACUUACUACCUCUGGAAGUCCAGCUGCUGGCCAGUCAACAGCCUACACAAACCAUUCCAGCAGAAGAGGUAGUCUGCAAACAUACAGACCUGAAGAGCAGCCUGCACAUCCAGUAUUACUGCCUACUUCAUCUGGAUUACCCCCAGGCUGGGAAGAACGACAAGAUGAAAAAGGAAGGUCAUAUUAUAUAGAUCACAAUUCUAGAACCACUACCUGGAUAAAACCAGUAGUACAGAUUGCUGUGGAAACAAGUCAGGUGUCAGCUGCACAAAGUAUUUCUAUAGGAAGACAGCCACAAGCAACAUCAAGUGAUUCAUCACAACAGUCUUCUCAGCAGCAGCCUGAAAUGGAGCAAGGAUUUCUCCCUAAAGGCUGGGAAGUCCGACACGCACCCAAUGGGAGACCAUUCUUUAUCGACCACAAUACCAAAACCACAACAUGGGAAGAUCCAAGACUGAAAAUUUCUGCUCAUCCGAGGAGAAAGACUUCCCUAGAUCCAGUCGACCUGGGCCCAUUACCACCAGGGUGGGAAGAGAGAACUCACACAGAUGGAAGAAUAUUCUUCAUAAACCACAAUACGAAGAGGACACAAUGGGAGGAUCCUCGACUGCAGAAUGUGGCAAUAACUGGACCAGCUGUGCCUUACUCCAGGGACUAUAAGCGGAAGUAUGAAUUCUUCAGAAAGAAAUUGAAGAAACAGAGUGAUAUUCCAAAUAGGUUUGAAAUGAAAAUACAUCGCACAACAAUCCUUGAAGAUUCUUACAGAAGAAUUAUAGCUGUAAAGAGAGCAGAUUUCCUUAAAGCAAGACUUUGGAUUGAAUUUGAUGGUGAAAAAGGUUUAGACUAUGGAGGAGUGGCCAGGGAGUGGUUCUUCCUUCUCUCUAAAGAAAUGUUUAAUCCUUAUUAUGGAUUGUUUGAAUAUUCAGCUACAGAUAACUAUACUCUGCAGAUCAAUCCAAACUCUGGACUUUGCAAUGAAGAUCAUCUUUCUUAUUUCAAGUUCAUAGGCCGUGUGGCUGGAAUGGCUGUUUACCAUGGCAAACUUUUGGAUGCCUUUUUUAUUCGUCCUUUUUACAAGAUGAUGCUCCAAAAACCAAUAACACUACAUGACAUGGAAUCUGUGGAUAGUGAAUAUUACAAUUCUCUGAGAUGGAUUCUUGAAAAUGAUCCAGCAGAACUGGACCUCAGAUUCAUAGUUGAUGAAGAACUUUUUGGUCAGACCCAUCAACAUGAACUGAAAAGUGGUGGAUCAGAAAUAGUUGUCACCAACAAGAACAAGAGAGACUACAUUCAUCUAGUAAUUCAGUGGAGAUUUGUGAGCCGAGUACAGAAACAAAUGACAGCCUUUAAAGAGGGCUUUUUUGAACUAAUACCACAGGAUCUGAUUAAAAUUUUUGAUGAAAAUGAGCUAGAGUUAUUAAUGUGUGGAUUGGGAGAUGUGGACGUGGCUGAUUGGAAACUACACACAAAAUACAAAAAUGGCUACAACAUAAACCACCAAGUAAUACAGUGGUUCUGGAAGGCAGUCUUAAUGAUGGACUCUGAAAAGAGAAUAAGAUUGCUUCAGUUUGUUACUGGCACAUCACGUGUUCCCAUGAAUGGGUUUGCUGAGCUGUAUGGUUCAAAUGGACCACAGUUGUUCACAGUUGAACAGUGGGGUACCCCUGAAAAACUGCCAAGAGCUCAUACCUGCUUUAAUCGCUUGGAUUUGCCUCCAUAUGACUCAUUUGAAGAUUUAUGGGAUAAACUUCUUCUAGCGAUUGAAAACACUCAGGGUUUUGAUGGGGUUGAUUAAGACACAGACAUAAAUUAUGUUGGUCCAGUGCUGCAAUUUCAUUUUAAGGGUUUACAAACAAAUUUGAAUUUUCCAGGGACUACCAUUAUGUUUAGCCACAUGGCUAUUGAAUCUUCAUAGUAUCACAUGUAAAAUAAUUAAGUAUUAAAAAUCACUAACUUUUAAACAUGUAUUUUGUCAUUUCCAUAGUUUUGUGUAUUUGCUGAUACCUGCAAUAUACACAUUGGAUCAGCCAGUGCCAAGUAAGUCAAAAACUAAAAUGUUUUUAGCAGUUGCCUCUUGUAUAAUAUUUGAAACUGCCCUGCAGUAAACUACUGAAGUAAAGCUGGGAAGAAUCUUUGCAGAGGAUUUAAAUUCGAUUUGCUGCUUUAAGAGGAACAACUGAAAUUGUCAAACUGUUUUUAAAAAAACCCAGCUAAACAAAAAAACCCAACAAACUUCAUGUAUUACAGUAUCAUAAUCUGUGCUGCUUCAGGCUCUUUGCAACGGAUCUGCUCAAAGCACCUUAUAAUUCAGCAUAUUAGAUAAAACAUUGGAAAACAUUUGUUUGCAGAACACUGACUUCCUGACACAGUUGUUAGACUUCUGUUUCUAACUUGCUUUUGCUAGAACAGCGUAACAAACCCAAGAUUUUUAUACAAAACAGAUAAGCAGCAUAAUUCUGAGUUUUAAUGAGAAAUUAUACCCAUGUUUUCUUUGAAUUUGUAUACUGAUGUUGAUUUGUUGAGUGUUCAUCACUUUUUUUGAUAAAUUUGUAGUUGAACGAUAAUAUUUUCAA